AUGCUUCUCAAAAUCUCUUCCUCUGUCGCUGGAUCCAUAACCCUCACACUCGCCAUCGCGGCGCUUCCAAAUUGUGUUUCUGCCUCCCCCCAAAGUGAACAACCCUAUGGAGCAAUAUCUUUGCCAGAUCGUACCUUGCUGAUCAAUGCCGAUGGUACCUUCAAUCAUAACAAGGCCGUCGUUUGCAAUGCUGCGACUGCACUCAAGUAUCGUCGAAACCUGAUGAACCUCCAAGGAAAUAGUGGAGGAUCUCUACCAGCGGGUAUGAAACUAAUUGAUAUUCCACUGCGAACCCAAAUACAAGUUCGAGGGCAGCAUGACGAGAGUCUCACGGAUGAGAACGACGAUUCAGAAUGGGCAGGCAUGAUUACGAUCGGUAGACCUGGCCAAAAGUUUUUAGUGGACUUUGAUACCGGCUCCUCCGACCUCUGGGUACCCUCAUCGCUGUGUAAUUCCACUGCAUGUUCAAGCAAGCACAAAUAUAAUGCGAGCUCAUCCUCAACUUCCCAAAAUGAGACCGGCACGUUCUCUAUCCAGUACGGCGACGGUUCUACCGUAUCUGGUUCAAUAUACUCUGAUACCGUCACCUUCGCGGGAGUCAAAGUUCAAAGACAAAGAUUUUCCGCUGUAACUAAUCUAUCGUCGAGCUUCGCUUCUGACCCAGUCGAUGGUGUUCUCGGCCUCGGAUUCCCUUCCAUCUCAAUCUUGAAAGCCGAUCCUGUUUUUGUGAGCGCCGCUCAGCAAAAUGCCAUCACCACAAAGGCUUUCAGCUUCUACCUCGCCAAGAAUAAUUCUGAGCUGUAUCUCGGCGGAACUAACCCAAAACUAUACAACGACCCGAUUGAGUACCACCCAGUGGACAAGUCAAACGGGUUCUGGCAGGUCAAGAAUGCCAGCAUCACUGUCGGGGGACAGACCGUCUUCUCGGACUUUGAUACUAUCAUUGACUCUGGGACGACGAUCAUGUAUGGACCCCCGGAUAUGGUGAAAGAUAUAUAUUCCAAAGUCGAAGGUGCCGAGGUAUUUGACUCCAGUGAAGGUUUUUAUUCUUUCCCUUGCGAUAAGGUGCCGGAGAUCUCGUUCAGCUGGGGUGGAGAAAAAUUUGCGAUCUCGUCUGAGAAUUUUAAUCUAGGAACUACUGCUCCAAAUGCCUCUACCUGUGCUGGCGCGCUCGCUGCUAAAGACCUCGGACUUGGAAACACGACUUUAUUACUUGGUGAUAGGUUUGUUCAGUCUAUUGCCCCUUUGAAAUGCGAAUUUUUACCAAGUGAACCUGUCAAUUCUUAUAGCUGGAUGAAGAACGCCUACCACGUCUUCAGCUUGGAAGAAACUGCUGUUGGAUUUGCCAAGCUAAAAUAA